AUGACGCCCGUCCUCCAGGGCGCCGCCCAGAAGUACGUCCCCCGCGCGGUCUUGGUCGAUCUCGAACCCGGCACAAUGGACGCGAUCCGAUCCGGUCCCCUUGGCGACUUCUUCCGCCCAGACAACAUGGUCCACGGCCAAUCCGGCGCCGGAAACAACUGGGCCAAAGGGCAUUACACCGAAGGCGCGGAGCUGGUCGACCAAGUCCUCGACGUCGUGCGCCGCGAAGCCGAAACGUGCGAUAGCCUCCAAGGGUUCCAGAUCACGCACUCACUCGGCGGCGGCACGGGUUCCGGAAUGGGAACCCUUCUCAUCGCUAAGGUCCGCGAGGAAUUUCCGGAUAGGAUGAUGGCAACGUAUUCAGUUCUCCCGUCGGCGAAAGUGUCCGAGGUCGUAGUGGAACCGUACAACGCGACGCUAUCGGUCCACCAGCUCGUCGAAAACAGCGACGAGACGUUUUGCAUCGACAACGAAGCGCUGUAUGAUAUCUGCCGUCGGACGCUGAAACAGACGCACCCUUCGUACGGCGAUCUCAACAAGCUGGUGGCGAGGGUGAUGUCGGGCCUGACGACGGGGUUCCGCUUCCCGGGACAACUGAACGCGGAUUUGAGGAAGCUGGCCGUGAAUCUGGUGCCGUUUCCGCGACUGCACUUCUUCACCGUCGGGUUCGCGCCGUUGACGACCGCGGCGGCGUAUCAGAAUCUCGGGGUGCCGGAGCUCACGCAGCAGAUGUUCGACCCGAAGAACGUCAUGUCCGCGUCCGACUUCCGCAACGGGCGGUUCCUGACAUGCUCGGCGAUCUACCGGGGUAAGGUGUCGACGAAGCAGAUCGAGGAUCAGAUCCGGGCGGUGCAGACGAAGAACUCGAAUUACUUUGUCGAAUGGAUCCCGAAUAACGUGCAGACGGCGCAUUGCUCGAUCCCACCUAGGGGUAUGUCCGCCUCAGCUACGUUCAUCGGGAACUCGACUGCCAUUCAGGACAUUUUCCGACGUAUCGGGGAGCAGUUUAGUAUGAUGUACCGCCGAAAGGCCUUCUUACAUUGGUACACCGGCGAAGGCAUGGAUGAGAUGGAGUUCACGGAGGCGGAAUCGAACAUGAAUGAUCUAGUGUCUGAGUAUCAGCAGUAUCAGGAUGCCGGGGUUGAUGACGAGGAGCCUGAAGGGUUUGAAGAGGAUGUUCCGGCGGAGGAGUGA